CCCCAUCAAACUACACAGCCUGGGUGAAAUACUACAUUUCCCAUGCUGCCCCGCGCACACGGGAAGUGCGUCAUUACGCGUGACCUUGCCUCUCUUCUUCUGUGGUUGUUGCAGCAGACGGAGAGGUCGACAGCAUGGCGAGUAAAGAUCCCGCGGGUUUUCUGCAGCAGCUGCGGCAAAUAGCAGCCAGGAUGUCAGCAGGACCUCGGGGUGCCGGAGUCGGUCUUAAGCUGCUGAUGGGUGCUGGAGUUCUGGCUUACGGAGUGAAGGAAGCAACAUACACAGUUGAAGGAGGACAGCGAGCGAUCAUCUUCAACAGGAUCGGAGGGAUGCAGAUGGACACGGUUCUCGCUGAGGGACUCCACUUCAGGAUGCCCUGGUUCCAGUAUCCCGUCAUCUACGACAUCAGAGCCAGACCCAGAAAGAUCUCCUCACUCACAGGAAGCAAAGACCUUCAGAUGGUGAACAUCUCACUGCGAGUUCUGUCCCGGCCGCUGGCGUCCAACCUGCCCGUCCUCUACCAGCAGCUAGGACAAGACUACGACGAGCGCGUCCUGCCGUCCAUCGUCAACGAGGUGCUGAAGAGCGUGGUGGCGAAAUUCAACGCUUCUCAGCUCAUCACUCAGAGAGCACAGGUUUCGCUGCUGAUCCGCAGAGAUCUGUUCGAGCGGGCGAAAGACUUCAACAUCAUUCUGGACGACGUGGCCAUCACCGAGCUCAGCUUCAGUCGAGAGUACACCGCCGCCGUCGAGGCCAAACAAGUUGCCCAGCAGGAGGCGCAGCGAGCUCAGUUUUACGUAGAAAAGGCCAAACAGGACCAGAGACAGAAGAUCAUCCAGGCUGAAGGAGAAGCUGAGGCUGCCAAGAUGCUGGGCGAGGCCGUGACGAAGAACCCAGGCUACCUGAAACUCAGGAAGAUCCGGGCGGCGCAGAACAUCGCCAAGACGGUGUCGCAGUCCCAGAACAGAGUGUACCUGAACGCUGACAGCCUGGUGCUCAACCUGCAGGACAAAGACAACUUCAAUUUGUUGUUGGGGAAGUAAAGAGGACAUCUCAUCAUUCCUUCUGGUCCACCUCUACAGAGAUGAAACGUCUUCGUAGCUCACUCGUUUCUCACCUCUCGGACGCCGUUUCCUCCACAUCGGGUUUCUCUGUGAAUCUGCCACCACGUUUAUACGCCACUACAAAACUGACUUUAACCUGCGGAGUGCAUCAUCCAGCGGCCGUUUCACCACGGUGGAUUCAUUUUGAAAGGUUCCUCUGGUGUCGGUAGAAGUCUUGAUCCUUCUUUUUGUUUUUUUAUAUAUAUAUAUAUAUAUAUAUAUAUAUAUAUAUAUAAAUAAAUAUACGUAAUCAUCUGUAGACGUUAACCGCAGCAUCAUGUUUUAUUUGUGAAUAAAAAGCAGUUUCCCCCGUUGAGAGAAUCUGCUGCUUGUUUUGGUUUUUCUUGAGUUUGUCCAGACUGAGAAGUGAAGUCAUGUUGAGCCUUUUCAACCCUAGAAAGAUUAUUUAUGUACAUGUAGAAAUAAAGAUAAAGCUCCGGUUUGAUGAAUAAAAUGUGAAAAAUUAAACUUUUACCGACACCACAGGAGUCAUUUUUUAAAGGGUCACCAAAAAAUAAACAUCACUGGUAUCAUGACAAGGAAAUAUGAGAGAAUAGUCGUAAUAUUAUAAGUAAUUACCAGAAUUCUUUUCAUUAUGUACGACUUUUUUGUUAAAAUAAUGUCUUUUACUACAGUACAAGUUGUCGCGCUGCAACUACAAAUAUUGUCAUUAUGUUGUUGAUUAUUCAGGUUAAUGCAUUUCAGCUGUUAUUAAAAAGAAAAGUUCCUGGAUUUUGUACAAAACUCAAAAUAUUUUUGUUUUCUGUCAGAAAUGUUUUUUGCAAUUUUUGCUUGAAAAACUCACUUUAACAUUUAAUACAACAAAUGAAUGAUCUAAAAUGUUGCUUUAAUUAAAUGAAUUAAUUGCUUCUGA